AUGCCGCCGACAGCACCCGGUGACUCCCAGCGAGGCUCAGCCUCGGGACAGAAGAAGGACCCGAAGAAGAGCGACCCCGGAGGCAAGAAGGAAGAUGCUGGGGACCUUCUCUCCGGCACGGACGUCCUCAUGCAGGGCCUCUCCGCGCAGCCGCGCAGCGACGUGGACACCUCCCUCCCGGGCACCCCGGCGCCGGGCAGCAUGCACGGAUCCGCGGCGGGCGGCGCGGCGGGCGGCCCGCCCUGGGCUCAAGGCUCGCUCGACAACGCCGCUUCCCUGGGCUCCGUUCCGAGCACGGCCGCCCCCCCGGGCAGCGCUGCGCCUGCAGGGCCGUCGCGGUUCGGUCCGGCCGCGGGCGGCGAGGGCGGCGGCCCGCCGUGGGCGCAGGCUGGUGCGGGUCAGGCAGAGAUGCUAACCCUCGACGACAUGGACGCGGCGGGGGCGCCGGGGGGCGGGAUGGGCGUGGCGAUGAACCCCGCGACGAUGGAGAUCCCGGAGAUGCCCGAGGACUGGAUGCCGGAGGAGGACGUCGGCGAGCUGACAUACGAUGAGCGGAAACUCAUGUGGGAGGAGCGACAGCGCGCGGCGCUGAGCCAGCAGACGGCGUGGUGGGAGGAGCAGGAGCGCGCGCGGCUCGAGGCGGAGCGCAAGUGGCGCGAGGACAACGAGGCGCUGCUGCGCGCGGCGCUGCUGGGCGACGCGCGGCGCGUGAAGGAGUUGUUGCGCAACGGCGCGGCGAGCCCUGCGUUCAAGGCGACGGUGCGCGAGGUGCUCGAGGACCACGACCCGGACAAGUACCAGGAGCUGUCGUCGGGGAUGUCCGACGCGACCCCGCAGGACCUCGUGUUGACGGAGAUCAAUGCCUUGCAGGCUGCGGCGUGGCAGAAGCACCCGCAGGUCGUCAAGCAGAUCGCCGACCUCAAGCGGAUGAACUCGAAUGCAAAGAUCCAGAUUCCGGACCCCGUGGAGCCCGAGGACGCCGAGGGCAAGAGGUUCUCCGUGUUCCACUACUUCAUGUUCGACAUCGACCAGAGCAUGGCGCGCCUGGACGAGUUCGACAAGGCCAAGGCGACGCUGCGGAUGCUGUGCAAGUACUUCGGCGGCAAGGACGGCGCGAACCUGUGCGCGACGGACAGCGCUGGCGUCUCGCCCGUCCACCAGUUCUUCGACUUCAUCACCGACUUCAACGAGGCGGGCGAGCAAAAGACGGCAAUGGUCGAGGCCCUGAUCAAGGCGGGGUGUCACAAGGAGGCCUGGGGCCUGGCGCCGCCGGGGGGCGACUCGCCGAUGAUGCGCCUGAUCCAGUGCGCGCCGGAGAUCGCGAUGGACAUCGCGGGCGAGUACAUGCGCGACGCGGACCGCAAGGCGUGUAUGGAGCACGCCAAGGAUCCGAACUUCAUGCAGCGGCUGCUGAUCCGCCGGGCCGGCCUCGGCGACGUCGAGCGGGUCAAGGUGCUGAUGAAGAUGGGCGCGAACCCGAACUGGCACUCCGGCGACGGCCGGACCGCGCUGUUCCUCGCAGCGCGGCAGCGCAAGUACGGGGUGGUCAGCCAGCUCGGGCACAUGCGCAACGCCGGGAGCGGCAAGAUGACGUAUGACUCCGACUCGGACGAAGACGACCUGGAGCUGGAGAAUAUCGUUCCCCCGGACCCGCUCGCGCCGAACGAGGCCUCGAAGGGCAUCUUCCACUUCAUUAUGGAUGGCAUCGGUGAAGUGAAUCAGAGUACUCUCGACGACCUGUUCGAGACCCUCGACGCCGCCGAAGAGUUCUUCGGGAGCGUGCGCCACCCCGAGCAGACGUGGUACGACGACCCGAAGGCGCCGAAGACGCUUGCGGUGAACGUCAAGGACAAGGACGGGCUCACCGCGGGCCACUACGUCCUGCGCGCCUGGAAGCGCUCGCUCGUCGACAGCAACAUCGCGCUCCGCGUGCUCGAGAAGCUGGUGUCGCUCGGCGCGGACCUCUCGAUCCCGGCGUCGGACAGCGCAGCGGGCCUCGGGGCCGUGCUGGACAUGGGUCCUAGCACUUUUAAGAAUCUGAUCCUGGACCGCAUGAUCAGCAGGAAGCAGGCGACCCCGGUCGACAUGCUCGCCCACCGCGCCAAGGGCCAGAACACCCAGUGCUGGAAGCUGUACUACGGGUGGAACACGGCCAAGGUGGAGGUGCCCAUCACGCUCAAGCCCGGCGUGACUGGCGACCGCAAGCCCUUCGACCAGAACGAGGAGCUGCUGGAAAUCAUUUACAACAAUCCUGAGGCCCACUCGCUGCUCAAACACCCCGUCGUGCGGCAGCAGACGGCCGCGCUGUGGCAGGGCGGCUACAAGAGGGAGGUCCUCAAGGGGACGAUCUCGAUCGCGAUUUUCGUGCUGCUGCUGACGGUCGCGCAAGUGUUCUCGGCGUACGUCGGGCCGUUCUACUACAGCGGCUCUGCGGGCAUCGCGCGCGUGAUCAUCGAGGCGAUCGUGUUCACCGUGAACGCCUACUUCCUCUACCAGGAGUUCAAGGAGUUCAACGAGGCGCGCCACACGAUCGUGGAGCGCCGCCGCAUGCAGGCCAUCAAAGCCAUCCUCCCCGCGCUGGACAUGGUGUGGCGUCGCCUCAACGUGAACGGGUUCGUUGCGAAGACCGACAUCACCGUCAAGCUGGCCAAGGAGCUCGGCGUCCGGAAGAUGAAGAAGGACGAUCUGGACAAGAAGUUCUGGAAGUGGCACGCGAUCUCGGCGGAGCAGGAGCAGAGCGACGACGCACUGACGCUGGAGCAGAGGCUGAUGCAGAAGCCGACGAAGGAGAUGUUGGCGAAGCGGCGCAGGAAGAUCAUGCCCACCUCGACCUUCAUCAGCCGCAGCGCGGCGCAGUCCUUCGCGGCCAGUGAGGCGCCGGGCAAGGCCAACGCAGGAGCUUCAACCUUCAAGACCGACUACGGCGAGAGCAACGUAGAGCGGCCGACCGAGGCCGGCGGCAAGAGCGUCAUCGAGGACGAGCAGGCCAGCGGCUCGGUCCGUCCGGACUUCUCCGAGCACAAGGCGCAGACGACGAUGUCGCAGCCGGGCAUUUCCGAGAUGGGCGGCAAGGCCAACGAGAUCGGGCGGUUCGGCCCCGACGACGACGUGCUGGUCGACCGCUCGACGUUCUACCAGCUGUGGAUGGAGAUCCUGACCACGCGCACCGACGUCCGCAUCCUGCAAAACCCGAUCAUCGCCCACUUCCGCUCCGUCUUCAAUCUCCUGGACGCCCUGCUCCACAUCUGCGUGACCGUGCUGUACACGUACCGCCUCGGACACUACCUCGGCGACCACAGCGGCCACGACAUCCACUUCGACGAGCAGGACAACGUCGACAUGUUCUUCUCGGCCAUGGCCGGCGUCCUCGCGUGGGCCAAGCUCGCGCGCUUCUUCCUCGCCUUCCAGCCCAUGGGACCACUCAUCGUCAUGGUGUUCACAAUGCUCAAGAAGGACAUUUCGCGAUACAUCGCCAUCCUCGGAAUGUUCUUCUUCGGUUUUGCCACCGCCUUCUUCGUCGUGCUGAAGGACGUGCCCGCCGCCGAAGGCAACUUCAACAACUACCCCAAGGCGGCCGUCUGGACCUUCUUCAUGAUGCUGGACGGCGUCGGCGGCACCGGCGUCCUGGGACCGUUGCUGGAGACGGCUCCGAUCAUCGGCGUCGGCAUCGCGGUCGUGUUCUCCAUCAUGUGCCAGAUCCUGCUGAUCAACCUGCUGAUCGCCAUGAUGGCCACCUCGUACAGCGUGGUGUGGGAGAAGGCUGAAACGGAGUACGCGAAGCAGGUCGUCAAGGCGAUCCUGGACAUCUACGAGAGCAACCGCGCGAGCGGCGUCGACGCCAUGCUCAACUCGGCCAUGGCGCUGGCCACCACGGGGUCGGCGUCCAAGGGCAUCAAGGUCGACAUGGACGGCGCGCAGACCAGCAUCAUUUACAAGCACCAGUUCGACCUGCUGGACGAGGAGGCGACGCCGAUCGAGCAGGUCUCGGACCAGGUGUCGACGCUCGAGGACGAGGUCCGCACCAUCAGCCGUGUGGUCAAGAAGAUCACCGAGCAGAUGAAGGGGACUGUGGACGAGGCUGUUGGCCGCGAGGUCAAGGGAAUCAAGACGCAGCAGAAGGCGCUGCAGGACGUGCUCAAGGCCGUCGCGAAGCGCAUGGAGAUCACCGACGAGGAGAUGGCCGGCACCGCUGUUGUGGAGAGCGGCGGCAAGAAGGCCGACGAUGCCGCGGGCAACGACGACGACGACGAGGAGGAGCCGCCGAAGAGCCCCAAGAAGAAGGGCAAGGGCCGCGCGAAGUUCGCGGACAGCGCCCCGACGGCGUCGGUCAAGGGCCGCAAGGGCGGCAGCCGGGGCGGCAAGCGCGCCAAGGGGUCCUCGCGCGAGGAGGACGACUGA